AUGACAAUUGACAGUUUCUCUCAGAAUACUGGUCAAAUUGACCGCAACAAAACCCAUUCAAAAACCCUUAAAGAAGAAAUCAACCUAAAGCAUCUAGUUCCUGCAAAUUCACCAAGAGCUACGACUGCUACCUCUACUACCACCACCACUACGACAACGACAAAACGACCUGUUGUUCCAUUCAUAAAUACAGGAACUGGCUCUAAAUGCGAGGACAACCACUCCUGCAUGUCUCUUGUACCAAGUGGUUUCUGCAAAGGUCCACUAUCGGAGGCUACCAAGAAGAAAGUGUGUCCGAAGUCUUGUGGCUUCUGUGAUACUUUGCAAUAA